AAGAAUCUCGCUCUCUAACCCACCUAGAACCUCCACCCUCUGACACCAUGGUCAGCUCCUGUUGUGGCUCCAUCUGCUCUGACCAGAGCUGUGGCCAAAGUCUCUGCCAGGAGACCUGCUGCCAGCCCAGCUGCUGCCAGCCCAGCUGCAGCAGGACCACCUACUGCCGCCCCAGCUGCGGCGUGUCCAGCUGCUGCCGCCCCGUCUGCUGCCAGCCCACCUGCCGCCCCAGCUGUGGCGUGUCCAGCUGCUGCCGCCCCGUCUGUUGCCAGACCACCUGCCGCCCCAGCUGCGGCGUGUCCAGCUGCUGCCGCCCCGUCUGCUGCCAGACCACCUGCCGCCGCACCUGCCGCGUGUCCAGCUGCUGCCGCCCCGUCUGCUGCCAGACCACCUGCCGCCCCAGCUGCGGCGUGUCCAGCUGCUGCCGCCCCGUCUGCUGCCAGACCACCUGCUGCCGCACAACUUGCUGUCGCCCCAGCUGUGGUGGAUCCUUUUGCUGAAAUCAACCAUGAACCAGUCACUAUCACAUUAGUGUGGACAUGUCAUUCAUUUUAAAUUUUCCUUGUUUUAAAAGACCACCAGCUUUAGUACCCUGUGGUGCCACUAAGCCACAAGCAAAAGGGCCCCCAUUCUGCAUUCAGGACCAUUCUUGUUCCCCACAGAUCUCUUCCCUGCAUCUAACCUCAUGUGCAUGACGCACUUGAACUAAACCUCCAAAUAUCUGACUAUUAUACUUGCCUUGACCUUCUUUAUCAUGUUAACUAUUUCUAAAUAACAGUAUCUUGAUAUAAUAAAUCAGUGUAUUCUUCUUUAGUUA